AUGGGAGACGAAACCCAAAAGGAGAGCAGUUACCGGUCGGCGUGCACGGAGUGUGCACGCCGUAAGCAAAAAUGCAACCGCGAAUGGCCUUGCAACCAUUGCCAGAAGCGCAAGGUUGCCGAUAAAUGUCGCUUCAAGGACGCCAAUCACCCUGCUUGCGAAAAGGCCGCCUCGGAGAACCUGAGGAAGCGUCGACUGAAUAACGAAGGCAGCACCGAGUCAGAGGAUUUUGACAGUGAGGAUCUAGAUGGUGAUGGUAUCGAUGCUUUGGGAUAUAUGCCUGGCCAUGUGCUCUUUGGCCUCACGUCUCAGGCCGAGAUCAUCAAGGCAUCAGCCCGAGAGUUCUUCAAGGACCCAAAGAUCUUUCCGCAGCUGGAGCGGGCUCUGCAGGUUAUUCCCCCAAGGCCGUACACCGACAUCCUUGUUCAGAACUUCUUCAACAAUGCCAAUUUCCACUACUAUCUUAUCUACCCGCCUUCCUUUUUGGAGCAAUACCAGUUGUGGUGGGCUGCCCGCGGUGAUAACCGCCCCCUGAGCGUCCAGUGGACCUCCCUCCUCCUCACGGUUUGCGCAUGCUCGGCGCAGUACACCGAUAUCAACUUGCAGAGGAAACUCGAAGUUGACCUGGGUGACACUAUCCAGAGGCUGACGGAGCAGUAUCAUGAAGCUGCCCGUGAGCUGGGAAGCGCCGUCCCCAUUGGCUACAGCCACCUUAGCAGCGUCCAGCAGCUCCUCCAGUCGUGCUGCUGGUACAAGUCGGAAGCUCGCUUUAUCGAGUGCUGGCAUGUCCUAAACUCGGCUAUCCGAGAAGCUCAGGAGCUCUGUAUGCCGAUCCAGUACCAGAAUUCGAGCUGGAGAUGCGACGGAGACUCUGGUGCGUCAUGGACACAUUCGAUUGGUAGGCAAAUCUCGGGUCUUCUAGGCAGGCCUAAGCUCAUCGACCGAGCUGACUGCGACGUUGGUCUUCCAGACCUCGGUCUGGAGGGGACGCCGCUAUCACCCCUGACAUACAUGAAGCUGCAGUCGAACCUGAUUCGGCAACUGUUUGGUCGAUUUGGCCUCACCAAGAAUGUUGUUUCUACAGAAGAUGUCCAGGAAUACCAGCGAAUGAUUGAGGCAUGGAUUGAAGACUUCCCUGCUCCUUUCCAGGCUCACAACCCGGACAAGUCCUUGGAUGCAUCGUACCCAUGGAUUGUCUUGCAUCGCCACUACCUCCGGACAAUGGCAUUUUCUAUGCUGCUCGACCCAAUUCGCGUCUUCCUCGCCCGGCCGUUCACCAUUCGCUCAUCUGAGGCUGAGCUUCAGAUCCGUAGCGGUGGUAUCAACUACUGCCUAGAGCUUAUGGUGUCCCUACGUGGAUUUUUUGAUUACGUGUACCCCCGCGACGCCAAAUUCCACUUUGUCUUGUUCUGCAUCUUUGAUACGGCGACUGUUCUCUGCUCGGCAGUUCUCCACGAUCAGUAUCACACCAUUCCACGUCGGGAGGAUGUCUUCAAGGCCAUCGACGAGGCGCAUGACAUGCUGCAGCGUCUGCGCACCGUGACCAAGUCGGCCAAGACGUCGUUUGGUAUACUGAACCGUAUCGUUCAGCGCCUACCUCGAACAGUCGUUACACCAAAGGUGGCGACGGGUAGCCCUUCGAGCAAAAAGACACGUCUCGGCGAGGCUGCGGCGUCGCCCCAGACGGUUUCUCACGAGAGCGUUUCCGCCUCUUUCACGCCCCAACCCACGACGACCAUGGCUACAUCCAUGACAUCGAUAGCGACUCUUUCGGAUGCCGCUGCUGGUGUGGAUGUUGCACCCACCCCCUUUAUCGAAUGGCAGCCACAAGUACCCAUGCAAGACCCAGCCAACUUUCCCAACAGUCAACUGCCUCCCUCGGAUGCGGUUUUUGCCAGCAUCUCGGACGAGGAGCUUGGAGAGUUGGCAAGCCUCUGGAACUACCAAUCCCUUGAUUUUAGUUUCAUUAACCCAUAAGUCUUCCUUAAAGGCGGGUGAGGGCUAUGGAGAUCAUGGGUCCAUGGUCGAAAAACUUCACAGGACGCAACAAGUUGUGUUUUUUCUACUCUUCAUGUUUUUCCCUGGGAAAAACAGGCGCUGGGUGUUGACGACCCUCAGCCACUCAGACACAACAUUGCCUAUUCCUUGAUCAUGAUGGCAUCGCUGGUGAAGGCGGAUGGUUACACGCGUACGAGCUUCCCUGCUUUGGGUUGUGCUAGACGUGUCGGCCUUGGAAGGCAUGAUGCCGGAUUCAUGGUCAAAGCAAGCAUACCCAAGGCUGAGUGGUGGAGGGGAGUCAACCAGCUGGCACGGGUUGAUUACUGAAUGAUUAUGAGCAACGCACAAUGAACGGCAACGAGUCAUGAGUCUAUUAGGGCGGAGUCUAUUAGGACAGCGGGCGUUGGCAUUGGGGAGAAAAGGUCGUGUAUGCUAUUAUGGGGAAACUUCCUCGAGGAAUCGAAAAUGUGAUAUUUGUCCCGUUGGGAUCUGGCGUUGGGCAUCUAUGG